AUGACAGAUAGAGUGUACCCAUCAGCCAAGCCGAAGGCCAACGGGGGCGCCCCCGCCCCCGCCGCAAAUGGUGGCUCCAACCCAAACAAAGCUCAAUUAUACAACAACACCCGCCCCAUGUACCGCCCUCAACCACCUAGACGGCGUCGCCACAGCCGGAGCUGCUGCUGCUCUAUCUGUCUUUGUACCACCAUGCUAAUCCUCUUCCUCCUCCUCCUCGCCGCCAUUGCUGGCACCAUUUUUUGGGUCCUUUACCGCCCCCACCGCCCUUCCUUCUCAGUUUCCACCCUCCAACUCUCCAAAUUCAAACUCACUGACACCGCCAUCACCUCGACCUUCGACCUCACUCUCACUGCACGUAAUCCUAACAAGAAAAUUGUCUUCCUCUACGACCCUAUCGCUGUGAAAAUAUUUUCCGGCGACAUCACUGUCGGCGAUGGAUCUUUUCCGGGCUUUACUCAAGCUACCAAAAAUAGUACCACUUUGAGAACUUUAAUUUCAAGUUCUUCCCCAUUUUCAGAUGGCACCGACACUUCUCCAUUGAAGUCGAGCUUGAAGAACAAGAAUUUGCCGCUCAAAAUCACGCUCGAAACCAAAAUGAAAGUCAAAAUCAGUAUGUUGAAAACGAAGAAGCUAAACAUUAUGGUUACUUGUGAUGGGAUUAAUAUAUCGGUGCCCACCGGAAAGUCGCCGACGAAGACAACGCCGAUGGAUGUGAAGUGCAAGGUUGAUCCAAGUUUCAAGAUCAUGAAAUGGACUGUUUGA